UGACGUCAAGUAUUUUUUUUCCAUUAAAUUAAGUAAAUUUGAAUAAUAACAAAGGAUUGAAAAAAGAAAAUGUCUAUCAAUCGGAAAUCGAUUACGUCUGCUCAAAUCAUCAUUAUUUUAUUUUUAUCCAUUGUGUUCAUUACUGUACAUUGUAAUAAUAAUAAUAAUGAUAAAAAAGUGACCAAAUUACAGAUUGGUAUCAAAAAACGUGUUGAUGAUUGUCAACGUCGUGCAUCAAAAGGCGAUAUAUUACAUAUUCAUUAUCGGGGAACAUUACAUUCAACUGGCGCUGAAUUUGAUAGUUCAUAUAAACGUGGAACACCAUUAAAAUUUACAUUAGGUGCUGGCCAGGUGAUUGCCGGUUGGGAUCAAGGAAUGUUAGGUAUUUGUGUUGGUGAAAAACGAAAAUUAGUCAUACCAUCUGAUCUUGCAUAUGGAUCAACUGGUUCACCACCAACAAUACCACCAGAUUCAUCAUUAAUAUUUGAAGUUGAAUGUAUUCAGAUUGAAAAUCGUAAAUCAGAUCUAUAAGAAACAAAAAAAUCAAGCUCCAGAAUCACCAUCAUUAUUAUCAUAUAAAUGUGAUAUUCAAUCGAAUCAAAUUU